UACACAUUGUUCUCUUUUCUCUUCGCUCUGGAAGUUUGUCAGUCUGCUGUACUUAAGCAAAAUGUGAAGAAUUCACCAGCAUCAAUCGACCCUAUCGUGGAAUGGGGACUUAAAGAACUCUUCUCAUCUCGUCGUUAUCGACGCUCUGUUCUCUCUACCAACUCGAAUAUGGGUACGAUUGCGCAAACACCUUCUUAUGUCAGUAAUGUGCGUCUACAUGGCAAGACCCAUAUGUUCCUUCAGAUCACCCAGGACGGGGCAGUCAGUGGAGCCACACAAUGCGACAACAAUGUAUACAGUAAGAAAUGAUUUGUAUAAUGCGGUCGUCUUCAGUGUUUAGCAAUUGCCAAAAGGAGAACCUCAGUUAUUACUUAAUUAGCAAUUGAUGAAUGAGGCUGAGUAGGAUAUGAAGAAUUAAGCAGAUCUAGGAGGGUGUUAUCCACAGGGUCCGAAAGCCGAGGUGGAUAACACCCUCCCAGAUCUGCUUAAUUCUUCAUAUCCUACGAAAGCCGAAUUCAUUUAUUGCUUUAUUAUUCCUAUGUUCUCGAAUCUUAACGAUUUUAGUAUGUUCACAAGUCACUCGAAUCGCUUUAUUCUGAGUGAUGUAUUUAUUAACGAAUCCACUCGUGAGACAGUAUAAAAUGACGCUGAUAGGGCCUCAGUAGAUCUUAAAAGUCUGCAAAUCAAUAAAGGUAAAAACGCAAGAGCGCAAAUAAGAGCUGACCUCUUGGAGAGUGAUUCUCAGUCGCGUUGUCAGAAGUUGUCCGAAGUGGGAACAAAAUAUAUUUUCACGAAAAAAGGUGAAAUGUUUUUAAUUAGCCUCAUCAUCCAAUUUUUGACUCGGUAUGUUAACUCCUUUAUGUUUUCGAACAGGAAAUAUUAUCAGAAUUAGUUGAAACAGUGUGUAUCGUGAUGACUGAAAAGUUAUUAAAAUGACUGACUGACCGAACUAACAGGGGUUCACCAAUACAUGCGUCUCACUCAAGGCUAUUUGCAUCAUUUCCCGAUGAAAUCACCCACUUUCACAUCGCAUCCAUUUGCUAUCCUCACUAAACCUUGAAUAGGCUAAACGGGAAGUUUCAUAAAACCGUCGCUGCUGCGUCAGUUUUGGAAUAAAUCACUUAUUAUUGGUAUUACCGGGGAAUUAAAUUGGCUACCACAAUAUAAGAGAUGUUGGCCGUUCGUGAAAGCGAAGAAUGAAAAUGUAAGACGCAGAACUACAAAACUGUAGAUCAUAUACUUCAAAAGUUUCGGUAUUUGAACCACGUUUACUAGGGCAUCCUUAGUUAUUAACGUGAAAGUGAAAGUUUGCUUUUCUAAUUGUCUCUUUUCCGCUUUUUUUUUUUUUAGCCAAACUUGAGGUGCAAUCCGUGGGAAAUGGAAUGAAGCGUAUAAAAGGAAUUGAAACUGGGCGUUUUUUGGCUAUUAACGGAAAUGGAAAACUUUACUCUACGGUACGUUGUCAUUUGGAAUCCUAUUUCUCUUCUCUAUGUUUUAGCUUUCCUCUCUCCUAAGGCUCUCAACAGGUAAACAAAAGAAUAUAUUCAGUUACAAAAGCCUUCUCUCAUCGUUCCCUGGGCGCUAUCUUUUCGCCUCUUAUAGGCACAAACAGGCCUCUUUGAAGGAGAUCAGUUAUUCAGAAAGGGUCAACUUAUACAGUAGCUACAGGCGCAUAGUAAAGGCGCUCCUUCUUUCAGGUCAGUUAUUAUUGCAACACUCAAGAACUUAUUCCUUUUAUUUUACAGACUACACCUAGCGAUGAAACCAUCUUUAAGCAGGAAUUACAGAGCUCAUCGUACAACACUUUUGCAUCAGUAAAAUACUACAGGACUUCACUUUACGACGCUUUUAUAUCGAUAGGAAAAAAUGGGGUAGCGAGAAAUGCUUCGGGUACCAACAAGAAUCAAAACAAAGUGAAGUUUCUUUUAUUAGCCAGUUGUUCAUAA